GUCGAAGCACAUUCUCUCAUUGUACUAGUACUUGUCUAUUUCUCUACUACUAACUAUAAGCACAAUCAUAUAUUACGAGUAGUAUUUUGAGGUGAGUGAGAAAAGUGAUAAUGGGGACAGCAAAAGAGCACAUAGAAGAAAUAAGGAGAAGCAAAUUCUCAAUAGGAGGUGAACCAAAUCAACUAACAGAGGACCUUCAUCAGGCUGUUAAAAAUCUCUCUGCUGAGCUUUAUGCUAAGGAUGUUCACUUCCUUAUGGAACUCAUCCAGAAUGCAGAGGAUAACGAGUAUGACAAAGGAGUGGAUCCAUCACUGGAAUUCGUGAUAACUUCAAAAGAUAUUACUGAGACCGGUGCUCAGGCGACACUUUUGAUAUUCAAUAACGAGAAAGGUUUCUCUCGUAAGAACAUUGAGUCCAUAUGCAGUGUUGGACGUUCCACUAAGAAAGGCAAUCGCAAGAAGGGCUACAUCGGUGAAAAAGGUAUUGGAUUCAAGAGUGUGUUUCUCAUCACUGCUCGGCCCUACAUCUUCAGCAAUGGGUAUCAGAUACGAUUCAACGAGGAGCCUUGCCAGCACUGCAAUGUAGGCUAUAUUGUACCUGAGUGGGUGGAAGCAAACCCAACUCUGCCAGUUAUAAGCCAAAUCUAUGGGUCUUCUGCUACCCUUCCAGCCACAACUUUAGUGCUACCACUGAAAUUCGACAAGGUGAAACCUGUUAAGCAGCAGCUUUCCAGCAUUCAUCCUGAAGUUCUUCUAUUUCUUUCGAAGAUAAAGAAACUCUCGGUUAGGGAAGACAAUGAGGAUCCCAGGCUUAAUACAGUCAGUGCCAUUUCCAUUUCUAGUGAGACUGAAUUUGUUGAGAAGAAGAACAUUGAUGCUAAAUCCUACCUGCUCCAUCUCUCAGCUAAUAAAAAAUCUGGUCUGGGGGAAUGCAGUUACUACAUGUGGAAGCAGAAGUUUCCUGUCAAGCGGGAGCAUAGAGUGGAUAGAAGAAUGGAAGUUGAUGAGUGGGUAAUCACUUUAGCUUUUCCCAAUGGAAAGCGCCUCAACAGGGGAACAAGCUCUCCUGGGAUUUAUGCUUUUCUUCCCACGGAGAUGGUCACGAACUUCCCUUUCAUAAUUCAGGCAGACUUUCUUCUAGCAUCGUCAAGGGAGACAAUCCUUCUAGAUAACAUAUGGAACCAGGGCAUUCUUGACUGCGUCCCUACUGCUUUUGUUAAUGCUUUCACAUCACUUGUGCGAGCUAAGGAAGGAGCUCCUGUUUCUACUCUGACUCAUAUGUUUGGCUUUUUGCCAGUCAAUGAAUCUCCUUUUCCAAUUCUUAAUGGCGUGAGAGAUUCCAUUAAAGGAAAACUGCUGGAUGAAAGUAUCAUUCCAUGCGAGUCAUACGUGGAACAACAAUUCUUCCAGAAACCCAGUGACGUUGGUAGACUGUUUCCUGCUUUCUGGAAUCUGCUGAACAAGGCGAGGAAGCAGGGGGUUGUGUUGCAUAACAUCUCAUCCCAUGGAAGAUUCAUCGUGAACUCAGCUUUUGAUAAGGAGAUGUACAACCACAUAUUAAACUUUUUGGAAGUGAAACAAGUCGACAAUGGAUGGUACGCGAAGUGCAUUCAGAGUUCCAAUCUUGUUUUGGGAGUCUCAGAGGAUGUUUACCUGGAACUUUUAGCAUUUGUUGCUGAGAAAUGGCUGUCUUCUUUCAAGACAACUGAAAUGAUGAACAUACAACUUUUGAAAUAUGUUGAUUUUGAUGAUGAUGUAGCUUUGUGUAGCAUAUAUGAGGCAUUGAAUGGUGAUCAUUCCUUGCUUUUGUCUCGCGAGUCUGGUCACAUCUCUUGGCUGAUCAACUGGAACUCAGAAUUUCGUUUUGCCAAUCACCUCUUCUUUGCCAAAUCAACACAAGAAGCAGUCCAGAGUCAUUCUAGAAGCCAGACAGUUUUGGAUUGGCUUAAAGAUGAGGUCAAAGUGUGCACUGUGAAUGUGCACGACUAUGCUCUUCUGCUUCUUAAGUCACAGAGUGAUGAUAGAAAAAUUGCUGUGGCUUUUACCCACUUCUUACAUCAGUCCCUCACAAGGCUCUAUUUAUCUAGAGAACAAGUUGCUGCUUUAUGCAGUAAACUGCCGCUCGUGGAUAACUAUGGACAGGUCACCAGACAGAGGAAAGGGGUACUGGUGCCUGCAAAUGGUAGCAAAUGGGUGCAGUUGAUUGGUUCAAACCCGUGGAGACACGAAGGCUAUGUUGAGCUUGGAGAAGAUUAUUUGCAUUCUGGCAGCUAUGCUGGAGUUUCUACCAGCAAAAAAGAGCUUGUGGAAUUUCUCAGGGACAAUGUUGCAGCUAUAGACAUUCCUGACCUACCCCCUCCUGAUGCAGCGAUUUCUAGUAUGUCUUCUCCACUAACCAAGGAGAAUGCAUUGCUGCUGUUGGAAUGGAUUCGUAAGAUGAACAGGAACAGGGUUUCCUUGCCAACAAGGUUCUUGAGCUGCAUAAAGGAGGGAAGCUGGCUGAAGGUAUUGCUGAGUGGUAGCCCUGGCGACAGGCCUCCAUCAAAAUCAUUCUUCCAUACUUCAUCAUGGGGACAUCUGCUGCAGAAUGGAUCUGUUAUUGUGGAUAUUCCAUUAGUUGAUCAGGGCUUCUAUGGCAGUGAAAUAGAACAGUACAAGGAGGAGUUAAGCACAUUGGGUGUCAUGUUUGAAUUUAAAGAGGCAUGUGAAUAUAUUGGAGAACAUUUCAUGUCUCUGGCAACUUCUUCUACCUUAACCAAAGGCCAUGUGGUUUCAAUCCUCAAUUUCAUCAAGUAUCUAAAGGAGAAAUGUCUUCCCGCUGAUACCUUUGUCAAUAGCAUCAAUGAUAGAAGGUGGUUGCGCACUACUCAAGGUGAGAAGAGCCCACGGGAAUCUGUUUUCUUUGACGGUGAGUGGAAUGCUGCCUCACAGAUCAGUGACAUCCCAUUCAUUGACCACAAGCAUUAUGGGGAUGAGAUUCUUUCCUUUAAAACAGAACUGAAGCUGCUUGGUGUGGUGUAUGGUUUCAAUCAAAAUUACGAGCUAGUUGUCGACAACCUGAGAUCUCCAGCACGCUUAGGUUGCCUGACUACUGAUGCUUUUCUCUUGAUACUGGAGUGCAUUCGCCAUCUGAGCUCGUUUGACAAAAUAUGCAGGGCAGUUAAGGAUAGAGAAUGUAUGAAGACCAUAAACAUGGGUUAUAAAUGUCCGACUGAAUGCUUUUUGCUUGAUCCUGAGUGGGGCUGCCUGCUGCAGGUGUUUCCCAGUUUUCCUCUUAUUGAUACGAAUUUCUAUGGAAGCUCUAUCUUGUCAUAUAAAAGUGAGUUGCAGAAAUUAGGUGUGGUUGUUACUUUUGAGGCGGUAACUCAAGCUUUUGUUGCUGCUUUUAAGAAGCAGACAUCAAGUGGUUCCUUAAACAAGGAUAGUGUUCUUUCCCUUCUUGCAUGUUACAGAAAGUUGAAGACAACCAGCUUCAAAUUUCCUUCAGAUCUUAAGAAAUGCAUUCAAGAGGCCAAGUGGUUGCGAACUCGAAUUGGUGAUAAAGUACCUAAAGAUUGCAUAAUCUUUGAUUCAGCCUGGGAAUCCAUCUCUUCAAUCUCUCUGUUGCCUUUUAUUGAUGAUAGUGAGGCUCGGUACGGAAAAAGCAUUCAUGAGUACAAGGAUGAACUUAAGAGUAUGGGAGUUACGGUGACAUUUGCAAGUGGGGCAAAGUUUGUUCCUGAAAGCCUUCGAUUGCCUGAAGACCCUAGCGCCAUUACUGUUCCAGCGGCAUUCUCAUUGUUAGAGUGCUUACGGACAUUGGAGAUGGAGCAUAAUGAUGAUCAGAUUGCUACUUUGCGGUCAAAACUUGCUAGAAAAUGGAUGAGGACUAAUGCUGGUUACAGGUCUCCAGGUAAGUGUUUAUUGUUUGGUCCUCAGUGGAAUCCCAUCUUACAGCCAGAAGAUGGUCCUUUCAUCGAUGAUAAAUUUUAUGGCUCCAAGAUAGGUUCGUAUAAGAAAGAGCUCCAGUCUCUUGGUGUUGUGGUUGAAAUUGGAGAUGGAUGCUCAUUGCUUGCUGAUUACCUUGAUUGCCAUUCCAACAGCAUUACUAUCACUCGGAUCUACAAGUACUUGAGUAAGUUCAACUGGGAGCCAACUAAAGAAGGUCCUAGAAACAUACGGAUUCCAAAUGGUGUUAAUGAUGGAGAGUGGGUAAAUCCUGAUGAUUGUGUUCUGUAUGACAAAAGUGGUUUCUUUGGCCUACAGCUGCAUGUGCUUGAGAAGCACUAUGACAAGGAGCUGCUCAGUUUCUUCUCCAAAUUAGGUGUCAAGAGCAAUCCUUCUCUUGAUGAUUUUCUCAAGCUUUGGAAGUCAUGGGUAGAUGCUGGGCGCAGUUUGGCACAAUCAGAGUGUCAAACUUUCUGGGAGUUCAUUGUGAAGCACUGCAGCUCAAGAACGGAGAACUUUCUAUCAAGAACAGAGAACUUUCUAUCUGAGAACUUGUCUAAACUUCCUGCAGGUUCAGGCUUGAAGGGAAUUUUGAUGCUCGACAAGCGUGAUGUUUUCAUUGCUGAUGAUCUCUAUCUGAAGGAUUUAUUUGAACAUUCUGUACUAGUGAACCCAAACGCUUCAGCUUUCUAUUUAUUUGUCAGGGAAAAGGGUAAAAAAUAUUCCUCUACUUUAGAAAAAGGGCUAAAAAUAGGUGCACCUGCUAUUGAAUUUGCUAAAGUUGGUUUACAUCCAAUUGACAAGAGGAGAUUAGGUUUGUUUCCAUUUGACCUCAUUAUCCCUCUUUUUGGUGCCAAAAUGAUCUGUUUAUAUACACAAUAUGCCAGUUUACAUCCCAGCCAUGAGAUAGCAGGCAUUGGCUUCAAGAGUGUGUUUCUCAUCACUGCUCGGCCUUACAUCUUCAGCAAUGGGUAUCAGACACGAUUUAGUGAGGAACCUUGCCAGCACUGCAAUGUAGGCUAUAUUGUUCCUGAGUGGGUGGAGGCAAACCCAACUCUUUCAGUUAUAAGACGAAUAUAUGGGUCUUCUGCUACCCUUCCAGCCACAACUGUAGUGCUGCCACUGAAAUCUGACAAGGUGAAACCUGUUAAGCAGCAGCUUUCCAGCAUUCAUCCUGAAGUUCUUCUCUUUCUUUCAAAGAUAAAGAAGCUCUCAGUCAGGGAAGACAAUGAGGAUCCCAGCCUUAAUACAGUCAGUGCCAUUUCCUUUUCUAGUAGUGAGACUGAUUUUGUUAAGAAGAACAUUGAUGCUGAGUCCUACCUGCUCCAUCUCUCAGCUGAUGAAAAAUCUGGUCUGGGGGAGUGCAGUUACUACAUGUGGAAACAGAAGUUUCCUGUUAGGCGGGAGCAUAGAGUGGAUAGAAGAAUGGAUGUUGAUGAGUGGGUAAUCACUUUAGCUUUUCCCAAUGGAGAGCUCCUCAACAGGGGAACAAGCUCUCCUGGGAUUUAUGCUAUUCUUCCCACGGAGAUGGUCACGAACUUCCCUUUCAUAAUUCAGGCUGACUUUCUUCUAGCAUCGUCAAGGGAGACAAUCCUUCUGGAUGACAUAUGGAACCAGGGCAUUCUUGGCUGUGUCCCUUCUGCUUUUGUGAAUGCUUUCACAUCACUUGUGAGAGCUAAUGAAGGUGCUCCUGUUUCUACUCUGACUCAUAUGUUUGGAUUUUUGCCAGUCAAUGCAUCUCCUUUUCCAAUUCUUAAUGGCGUGAGAGAUUCCAUUAAAGGAAAAUUGCUGGAAGAAAGUAUCAUUCCAUGCGAGUCAUAUGUGGAACAGCAAUUCUUCCAGAAACCCAACGACGUUGGUAGACUGUUUCCUGCUUUCUGGAAUCUGUUGAACAAGGCGAGGAAGCAGGGGGUUGUAUUGCAUAACAUCUCAUCCCAUGGAAAAUUCAUCAUAAACUCAGAUUUUGAUAAGGAGAUGUACAGGCACAUUUUAAACUUUCUGGAAGUGAAACAAAUCGACAAUGGAUGGUAUGCGAAGUGCAUUCAGAGUUCCAAUCUUAUUUUGGGAGUCUCAGAGGAUGUUUACUUAGAACUUUUAGCAUUUGUUGCUGAGAAAUGGCUGUCUUCUUUCAAGACAACUGAGAUGAUGAACAUACAACUUUUGAAAUAUGUUGAUUUUGAUGAUGAUAAUUUCAUUUUUUCCAAUCGCCUUUUCUUUGCCAAAUCAACACAAGCAGCAGUCCGGAGUCAUUCUAAAGGCCAGACAGUUAUUGAUUGGCUUACAAAUGAGGUCAAUGUGUGCAUUGUGAAUGUGCACGACUAUGCUCUUCUGCUUCUUAAGUCACUCAGUCAUGAUAGAAAAAUUGUUGUGGCUUUUACCCACUUCUUAUAUCAGUCCCUCACAAGGAAUUAUUUGUCUAGAGAACAAGUUGCUGCUUUAUGCAGUAAACUGCCGCUCGUUGAUAACUAUGGUCGGGUCACCAGACAAAGGAAAGGGGUAAUGGUUCCUGCAAAUGGAAGCAAAUGGGUGCGGUUGAUUGGUUCAAACCCGUGGAGACACAAAGACUAUGUUGAGCUUGGAAAAAAUUAUACAUUCCUGACCUACCUCCUCCUGAUGCAGUGA